UCGGAGAUCUUCCGGGCUCGCGGCCCGGCCCGGCCCGGCCCGGCUGAGGCUCGGCGCGGCCCGGCGCCAUGAAGCUGACUCGGAAGAUGGUCCUGACCCGGGCCAAGGCGUCGGAGCUGCACAGCGUGCGCAAGCUCAACUGCUGGGGCAGCCGCCUGACCGACAUCUCCAUCUGCCGGGAGAUGCCCAGUCUAGAAGUGAUCACACUCAGCGUCAACAAUGUGUCCACACUGGAGCCCGUGAGCAGCUGCCGGCAGCUGAGCGAGCUGUACGUGCGCCGGAACUGCAUCAGCAGCCUGGCGGAGCUGGCCCACCUGCAGGGCCUGCCGCGCCUGCGCGUGCUCUGGCUGGCCGAGAACCCAUGCUGCGGCCCGGACCCCCGCCGCUACCGCCUGACCGUGCUGCGCGCGCUGCCCCGCCUCCAGCGCCUGGACAACCAGGCUGUGACAGAGGAGGAGCUGUCCCAAGCACUGAUAGAGGGAGAGGAACUUACAGCUCUGAGUGUGAGGGACCCUGCACCUGAGACCCAGGGGCACUCCCUGAGCUACAGCGAAGAGGAAGCGGGCACCGAGGUCCAGCUGGGUCAGAAGCCUCCCACCCGGAGUUGCUUCCCCUCCUCGCACACAGAAGCCAUGAACGGCUGCAAGACCAAGGGCCAUGUCCUGAGCGCGGUGCUGCUGCUGCUGCAUGAGCUGGAUGCCGAGGCGCUGGAGACCGUGCACCAGGGUGUGGUCAGCCGGCUGCAGGCCCUGCACACACCCGAAGUGCAGGAGGACAUGGAGUGACCCAGGAAGUGGACUACCUGUAGGGGACCACCACAGGAUGGCCCCCACCCUGCCGUGCAUCCUGAUGCUGGCUCUUGGGGAGCCGGACAGCCUGAACACUGUGUUCCCAUCCCAGCCUCCUGUGCCGUGAACAGCACCUAAGGUGAGUCCCCGCUCGGGCCGGCCACCCAGUGGUCACACACAGGGACCGAGCAGGGGACAAGAGGGGCCCUUUGCUGUGAGCAAGCCCUGCUGGGGGCUGUCUGGAAGCUGACGUGGGCCCGGAAUUCCAGGAGGAGCCACUUGGGCGGCCUGUGGCGGGAAAGAUGCCCCAUUGCCCCC